AUGUUGGACAAAUUUAGAAGUGAGUAUAUCGUCCACUUCUAUGGUGCUUGUUUUAUAUUAAAUAAAAUUUGUAUGGUUACCGAAUUUGCUUUAUUUGGUUCGUUACAAGAUUUGAUGAAAUACAAAACAAGUGAAGAAAUAGAUAUGAAGUUACGAGUAAAAUAUUGUCUUGAUGCGUCUAAAGGUAUUUUGUAUUUACACGAAAAUGGGAUCUUACACAGGGAUAUCAAGCCAGACAAUUUACUUGUGUUUUCACUUGAUUUGAAUGACAAAGUGAAUGCUAAAUUGACUGAUUUUGGAAGUGCAAGGAAUGUGAAUAUGCUGAUGACUAAUAUGACAUUCACUAAAGGUGUUGGAACACCAAAGUACAUGGCGCCAGAAAUAUUAAAUAAGCAAAAGUACAAAAUGCCAAGUGAUGUCUAUUCAUUCGCAGUGACUAUGUUUGAGUGCUUCGGAUGGUGCAACGCUUUUCCUCCAGACAAAUUUAAAUUCGCUUGGGACAUCGCAGACUUUAUCAGUGGGAAAGAGAGUGGAGAAACCAGAUGA